AUGACAUCAACAUCAUCUGGGCACGAGGCUCCCAGCUGUGCCACGCCGGUGGGUAGACACGCCAGCGGACGAGGUAACUCGUCCGGACGCCAUUCGCAUCGCGGUGGUUCAAACUACGCUUCACUAGGAAGUGUUGACCACCGCUUGAGUCCACGAAAGGAUGUGGUGGCGGUGGGAACACCUGAUCCGGCUCGAGGACCGGAUCAGCUUGAUGUUCAAGAGCUCAACCGUCUAACGGAAUAG